AGAACGGUUCAAAGGACACGGAGAAGGCGGGUGUUUAUGAUUCGAAGUGGUUUGGGGUUCAGCUAUUAAGUAUACAGAUAGAUAUUAGCACUGGAGAAAAUUCACGUUACAUGUGAGGCUAGAUAGCCAGUUUUAUGUAAUUUGGGGAUGCCAUCAGGAUUUUGUUGCAACUUCAGCUCACACUUGCUGAAUAAUCUUAGUUGCACUGACUGAACAACUAACGCCAACUGUCCUUCCCUGGUAAAUCCCAGCUAGCUACAGUUAGUUAGCUAUGGUAUAUUUACACCAUGGAUCGGGGAAUUCGCAGCAGUAAUUGCUUGGACAUUUGGACUGAGGAGAACAACGAUAUUAUCAAGAAGUGGAAGGUAUACUGUUUACUACGUAAUGAAAGAGGCCAGGAAACACAACACGACGCACGUAAACGUUACUACUCAGAAAUCCACAAGUUACUUCAGAAAAUACAAGGUGUCCCAUGUGUCCCUGCUAGCGUCCGACUUGAGCUGACUAUCCGUUACAACACAUUACUCUUCGCACUCAGCCUGUCGGAGUUCACCGAAACGCGAGUGCUUCUUACGCAGGGCCUUGUUAGAGCACUUGAAGCCAAAGGCUGUCAGCCCCCCGGCUCUGAACCGAUACUUCUGUGGCAAACCGCACUGCAAAGCUUUGCUGGCACAGACCUCCUGUCCUGUCUUCACCAGCUCCUCUGUGUGCAGUGGGCCCUGUGGCUCUGUACUGACCAGCUAGAGGAACUUCAAAUACUUCUGUCUGGCCCUCAGAAAGAGAUAGCUGCAGCACCAGGAGAUCUGCUUGCAGUAAUUGGAGACCUCAGGUUUUCCAUUGAAGGGAAUCCCUCCCUCUUGGUUGCCAUGGCACCUGGGGAGUUAAAGGAGCUUGUACACAUAUGCACGGUCACAACAAAGGGUAUUGGAGAGAUGGAGGAGGGGAAGGACUCUGAGGCCCUUCUGGCUUUUCAGGAAGCCCUCUCCCAGCCUGCUUCCAGGACACUUCUGGCACAGCUCCACACAUUGGCUGGCAUCUGUUUAGCUAAGCUGGCCCAGCCCCAGAGUGCCAUGCAGUGCUUCAGGAAGGCCCUGGAGGUGGACUUCGGCUGUCGGAGCGCGCUGUAUCAGAGCUCGCUGCUGUACGGGCGGCUGGGGAACGUCCAGGCCGAAAUGGAGGCCCUCCAUCUGCUCCAUGCGGCCGUGACCCUGUCUGGCUGUGGAGACUCUGCCAGGGACCAGGCGCCACUGCUGUCCGCCGAAUCACUGCUCCGCAGCCCCACCCUCGCCUGCUUCCUCGCCACUCCCUCCCCACCUGGCAUCCAGCACGCCCUGGCGCACAGGUGCCUGCAGAGCCACAGAAUACCAGAAGCUGUAGAGCACUUCCUUGACUUGCUUACGUCCUUACAAGCAGACGGAAAGCUGUUGGUAAAUACGAGUGGCAGUCCAAGUCUUCCCAGAGUUCCUGAGAUCUACCUUGAGGCAGCGUUCACCAUGUUGAAGGCCAAGAGAUACUGGGACUGUGUUGCAAUCUGUGAAGAAGUAAUCAGUAAGACGGUAGACCUUGUUCCUGAGAGGCUAGCGCUGGAACUGCCCAUUGAAGGACACCAGGAGCCUGAAUCUAUGAUGCAGCCAGCUCCUCUCACUGGGAGGAAGACUGAGAACGUGGAGGAGAGGCUGAACUUUGUGCUGUGGGCUGGAGCGGCCUACCUCCUUCAGGGCCUGACCUAUGGCCACAUUAAGGACAAUGCAGAGGCUUUAACAAAUUUCACCAGAUCAAUAAAUGUGCUCCUAAAGGUGCUUGUUAAAAAUAAAGAUGGCCAGUUCAUGGAUCCAGGAGACGGGCAGGCAGCUGGCAUUAAGCUGCAGACCCUGCAGAGGCUGAAGGGCCUGGCACUGGCUGGCAGAGGGGUCUGCUUCAUACACGCUGGAAAGCAGAAGGAGGCCCUUCAGGACUUCCAGCUGAGUCUACAAGCUUCUCCAGGGAGCGAGCAUGCAGAUCUGUGGUUGGUGGAGGCUCUGUGGCAGCUGGAGCGGAAGGAAGAAGCACUGUCCCACUGGAGAAGCAGGAGUCGAAGCUCCGCCCAGAGACCCGCGCCACUGGAGAACACACCAGGAGGUCUGCCACUGUAUCUACAGUACAACCUUCAAGAUGGGAUAUCUUUUGAGCCUGAGGGCCUGAAGAAGAAGAUGGAAGACCUUAUUCACAGUAGAGGAGUUCCAACAUGCAAAGAUAUUUGAUUACCAGUGGCAUUUUGGGGAAUCUUAUCCCAUGUGGGAUUGCUUCUGGGAACUACAUAUUGUCUUCUGCCACUGCCACUCAGCUCUCCUGGACACUUUUACAUCUGAGGAGUGCCGUGAAAAGCUAUAUAAAAUCUGUGCUG